AUGCCUAUAUUUGGAAUUUCUGUAUGCUCUUAUGUUCUCUGCCAGUUUGCAAAAGGUAAGGUAGUUUACAGUAAUGCUUUUCUACCUCUCUUUCAGAAAAAGUCACUAGAGUCCAUAAACUCUAGGCUUCAGCUGGUUAUGAAAAGUGGUAAAUAUGUGCUGGGUUACAAACAGACUCUGAAAAUGAUUCGGCAGGGCAAAGCCAAGUUGGUCAUCCUAGCUAACAAUUGUCCUGCUUUGAGAAAAUCGGAGAUUGAGUACUAUGCUAUGCUUGCAAAGACUGGUGUCCAUCAUUAUAGCGGCAACAACAUUGAAUUGGGUACAGCAUGCGGAAAAUACUACAGAGUGUGCACACUGGCUAUCAUUGACCCAGGUGAUUCUGACAUCAUUAGAAGCAUGCCAGAACAAACUAGUGAGAAGUAAAUGCUGUAAAGGUGCUCUUUCUACAAUAAAACUGGCUGCGAAUCUGUUUUAAGAAAAAUUUGUAUUGUAUUACACCUUUGGUUUUAGGGGACAAACUGUAUAAAUGAAGAUUCAUUAUU